AUGCCAUUCCGGUUUUCGCGCUCGACGCGACUAUAUGUUGUUAUUGCUAUAUCGACAUGUUUUUUUCUGGGAGAGAUCUCAGUGGGAUUCUAUACACAUUCCCUGGCUCUCAUCGCCGAUGCUUUUCACUAUCUAAAUGAUUUGGUGGGCUUUAUCAUUGCAUUAGUGGCACUGAAGGUCUCAGAAAAUGGUGGCUCGCCCACUGGCUUUUCCUUCGGGUGGCAGCGGGCUCAACUACUGGGUGCAUUCUUCAAUGGUGUCCUCUUGUUUGCGCUUGGGAUCAGUAUUUUCUUACAGUCUAUAGAGCGAUUUAUUGCUUUACAGCGCAUCGAGGACCCCAAAUUGGUCCUAAUCAUUGGGUGUAUCGGGUUAGGUCUCAACAUAAUAAGCGUGCUUUUCCUUCAUGAACAUGGACAUGACCAUGGCCACGAUCAUGGUCCUACGGCAAUUGAAGUUGAAGACGGACUUUCUCCAAUCAGUGACGAUGAUCAAGACUCCAUUUCCAAGCAUCAUGAGCAUAAGCAUGUGCAUCCCGAGAAGCCCAAUACCGUCUCCGCAAAUUUCCACGAUCACGGGCACAGCCAUGAUCACGGCCAUGGGCAUGACCACGGCGAUCUCGGCAUGAUGGGGGUCCUCAUACAUGUGCUCUGCGAUGCAGCCAAUAACCUCGGUGUUAUCGCCGCCGCUCUAGUCAUCUGGCUAGCAAAGUACGACGGUCGCUACUAUGCUGAUCCCGGUGUCAGCAUGGGAAUAGCCUUCAUGAUCAUUUUUUCAUCCAUGCCUCUCAUACGACGAUCUGGACUAAUCCUUCUGGAAAGUGCUCCUGUUGGGCUCGAUCUGAGUGAUGUGCAACAUGAUCUUGAGAAGGUUCCCGGCGUACACUCCGUUCACGAGCUGCAUAUCUGGCGUUUAAAUCAACAGAAAACCCUGGCAUCGGUGCACGUUGUCGUUUCGGAUCCGUCAGUGAGCAACUUUCUCAAGACGGCGAAAACCAUUAACGAAUGCUUUCAUGCCUAUGGUAUCCAUUCUGCCACAUUGCAGCCAGAAGCGCUCUCGGAGUUCGAGAAAAAUGUCGUGCACCCGCACGGGGAGAAGUCGCCUCGGUGUCAAGUGCUUGUGGACGUGGAGAUCUUUGGCUUCUGA